AUGUCUGAAGACAAUCUCUACAAGCAAUGCGCGGACGUCCUCUCGCUAUGCCAGAAGAUGAAAGAUGAUCUGGCGGCGUUGCUAGACCCCGAGAGCGGGUUUGCCCCGCGUUUGCGAGAACUAUGCCAGAGACGCAUUGAGGACGCUGAGGAUAUAGAAACGCGCGCGCCGUUAGCCCUGGAGGAGCUGGAGGCGUUACGAAUGGAGAGCGAUACAUGGAGCCUGUUGCAGGCCGUCAUGCCUGUACGAAAAACAGCACCGGAACCUCUCCCCACCACCCGCGACCUCCUCGCCGAAAACCCCUACACCCCCACCUCCGCGCUCGCCCAGUCCAUCAUGCAGGCCUCUGCGCUCCUCUCAGAGCUCGUCGUCGUCCGCGAGUGGCUGCACGACACCGCGCCGCCGCCCCCGCCGGGCGAGGCCACCGCGGGCUACUGGCGGUUCACGAGGCACCGGCUCGCGCAGGCGAUGAGGACGGGGAGCCAGCGGGACCAGGAGGGGCUGGUGCGGUUCUUGGACCCGGAUGCUGGGAAUCGGGAGGAGGGCAGGAGCUUGGCGGGGGAUGACAUGAGCUACGAAAAGUCAUUGGCGCAGUCGUUGUACCUGUACAUACGUGCAGGGCGACUUGAGGAGGCAAUGGAGCUAUGCCGAAAAGCCCACCAACCCUGGCGGAGCGCGAGCAUUCGCGGCUCUCUGCUGUUCGAGUGGCGAGCUAUCACGACUGGAAUGCCCGAGAUGGAGACGGAGGACGACUUUGACGGCUGGCGGGGCAACCGGCGGCGAAGACUAUGGAAGACGACAUGUACCCGCGCCGCACUCAACCCCAGCCUCCCCGACCAAGAACGCGCCCUCUACGCUGCGCUUGUCCCAACGCCACAGACCUCCGCCGUCCUCAAGACGGCGUGCCGCACCUGGGAAGACCACCUAUGGGCGCAGAUUAGCGUUCUCUGUGAAGAGAAGCAGGCGCUGGAGCUGAACAAGCUUGGAGGCGGCUUCUGGGAGGAAGAAGAGCUCGAGCGGGAGGGCAUCAAGGGAGGUGGAGGGCGGGAAGACGAGGAGUGGGAGAGAGAUGUUUCGACUACCUUGUUGGCGCUGUCCGGGAUCGAGGUUCUCGAAGGGCCCCCUGGUGACCAUCCAUUCCAUAUAUCACAGUUGCAUAUCAUCCUCGAUCGGACGGACGCUCUGCUGGACAACUUCGCCGACGGCCUCAAGACCGGGAAGCAUACGCCUGCAGCUAUCGACUAUCCAUACAUGACACGAUUCUUCGCCCAUCUAUGCCUUUUCCUCCGCAUGAUAGACAUACCCGUCUCGCCUGACGCAGCCCAAGUCAUCCUCGAAGCAUAUCUGCGAGUUCUCGAGGAUGCCGGCCAACGAGACCUCAUUGCCAUGUACGCCGGCGCUCUCGGAGACAACGCCAUUCAGCGCUACGCGGCGUUCCUCGUCUCCCUCGAGCUCUCCGCCGACAUUGACGAGCGCCGUGCUGCGCUCGCGCGUGCACAGGCGCACGGGCUCGAUGUGACCCUCGUCGCGAUCGCGACCGCGGAACGGACGAUGGAGAAGGUGUUCAAGACCCUCCCACCGUUGUUGAAGGGACCUCUACCCAGCCUCGCGCCGCAGUCGCUACUGAGGGCUCCCAGCGACGAGGAGAUGCUGCUACUACGCUCUCUGGAGUGGACGACCUUUCAGGAGGCUACAUACGAUACGGCUUUAGAGCAAGCGAACGUCAUCUUGCGUUACUUCAUCGGUGCCGGCAGGGUCCAUGUAGCGAAACACGUCCUGGACAGGCUCCCCGAUGAGCUUGCGUCCAUUGGCGUGCCCGAGGACCGUGCGACCGAGUUCCUUCAUUAUGGCCAAUUCUUCAUCGUUCAGGAAGCGUUUGACCGGGUGGUCGCGCUGCAAGCGUUGGAGUACCAGCCGAUGCAUCGCGAGGCCCACAUAAAAUGGUCAGAAACUUACAGAGAUGCUCUCGACUACGCGCGAGAGCAGGUCGUCAAGUUGCUUACGUCGGAUUGGCUCGUCUCGGAUGUCAGCCAAGGCGGAGAUCGUCGGCGACGCGAGCUCAUACGCAUCCGGCAAAUCUAUAUCCCGGACUUCAUCGUCCGCCUGCACGUCAUGCUCGUGAACUCACGACAUAGGUAUCGACGAAACUUGAAGCACGCCGUUGAGCUCGCAAACGUAGUCGCGGACUCACGUUAUAAGUUAUACGACGACUUUACCGACAACGAGGGAAAGCGUUUGACCGACUACCUCGGGGUUGUGAGGGAAGCUGUCCUGGCCGGACUCGAAGAGGGUGGCUCCGACCCGUUCAAAAUUGUCAUUUCGCCGUAGAUUCCAUCGAGUAAUGCUAUCAAAACGCUAUGUAAUCUGGUUGUACCUGCAUACUCUUCCGUUUUCUUUAUUUCUCGUCUUUCGGGCUCGACGUUACGCGGCACUGAUGCUGC